UCUUGAGAAUCGUGCAGCGUAUCUCCAGGUGAUAGAGGUUUCUCAAACAAGCCUCAAUGUAUUCAUCUGGGCAUCACUGCUAAAAGCAUUGUCUCAACAUCGUGGCAUGUUUUCACGGUGCACAAAAGAUCCGAAGGAAGUAUAUUGCAGAUAAAUUGCUUUUUACUUUCAUCGAAUAAUGACAGAAUAUUUUGAUUUGCCGCUUAAUAUGGACAGAAUAUGCAGAAUUUGUCUUACAGAGGGUACUAAUUUGUCUCCUAUUUUUUGUACGGAUCAAGAAGUAAAUGACUUUUCUGGCCUUUCACAAAAGAUACAAGUUUGCGGAUCGAUUGAAAUUCAUGAACAAGAUGGAUUACCAUCAUUGAUUUGUGACAUUUGUAUUUAUAAAGCAAGUGUUGCUCAUGAAUUUAGACAACAAUGUCAACAUUCUGAUGCAAAAUUAAGAAUGUAUUAUAAUAAACCAUCUAAAGUUACUAUUGUGGACACAUAUACACAAACUGAAUCAGAGAUAAGAACAUUAUUAUCAAAAAAACAAAUUGAUCAAAAUUAUUUUGUCAAAGAAGAAAUGCAUGUACCAUCAAAUUCUCAAGAAUACAAUAUACAAACUAGUGAUUCAUAUUGUAGAGAUGAAUCUAAUUUAAGUACCAGUCAUAUUGAUAUGCAAAAUGAAAAACUUUUUAUUUGUUCUAUUGGAUUUGAAGGAUCUAAAGAAAUUGAAAAGGAAUCUUGUGUCUCUGAGAAUAAUAUACAUGAAACAUCCCUGAUACAAGAGAGUAACAAUGAUAUUCCUGAAACUAUUGAUAUGGAAAACAAGCCAGAAGAAAAUCAAGAUAUCAACCAAAAUCCAGAAGAAGAUGAUAAAAGACAAGAGGAGGAAUUAUUUGAUGAAAAUAUGUUAGAUGAUAAUGUCAAAGAGGAAGAAGAAAUUUUACAGAAACGUACUUCUACUAGGAAAGUCAAAUCAGUGCCUAAUAAAACUUAUAGUGAAGAUGAAGCUCAUAGUAAUUAUUAUGAUUCAAGCAAUGAUGAUCAAGAUUCUAGAGAAUUAAAAUUCAAAUGUAAAGUAUGCGGAAAAUGUUACAACACACAAAGAGGUUUAAAAAAACAUUCUCUUGUUCAUGAAAAAAAACACAAAUGCAAUGUUUGUUCAAAAAUGUUUUACAGAUUGGAAAACAUGGAAAAUCACAAAAAAAUACAUGAAUCAAAACCUCUUGCGUGUCAAUUGUGUCAUGCAUGCUUUUCUAAACCCCAAAAUCUUGUACGUCAUUUAAAAUCUCACACAGAAAAAGUAAAUAAUAUGAUUAAACAAAUCAGUACGGAUGAACAAAAGGAUAAUAAGGAACCGAAAAAAGAAAUGAAAUUUGAAAAUGAUACUGAUGAUGAAAGUGGUACUGUGAAUGAAGUUUAUGAUUUUGAAAAUGCACCUGAGUUGUACAAAUGUGAAAUUUGUAGUCAGUAUUGUUCUUCUUUAAAAAAUCUGAAAAGACAUACUCUUGUACAUGGAGAUAAAAAAUAUUCCUGUACUGUAUGUAAAAAAUGGUUUUUUAGGCCUGAUACAUUGAAAAAACAUGCAGAAAAACAUGGUCAUGGCUUGUUAGACAAUUUAGUAGAUGAUAAUAAAUUUUUUGAUUCUGAUGAUGACCCUUUCCCGAGUACUACACAAAACACUUUACAAGAGAACGAAAAUGUUAAAAAAGAAGAAAGUGAUGAAGAUGAAUCUGGUGAAUAUAAAUGUCAACAUUGUGAUAAAAUCAUGGCAACAAAAAAAGGUCUUAGACGUCAUGUAUCGAUGCAUAAACCAAAAGCUGAACCAGUUACUUGUGAAAUCUGUGGGAAGGUAUGUGCUAGUCAAGCUCGCCUUGUUCUUCACCAGAGGACACAUAAACCAAAAGAAAAAGUUCCACGAGAAUACUUAUGUCACAUUUGUAGUAAAGUGUAUCCAAGUAAUUCUUCUCUAACUUAUCACAUGAGAACUCAUACUGGUAUUAAACCACAUGUGUGUAAAACUUGCAAUAGUGGAUUUACUACUACAACCAGUUUAGCAAAUCAUAUUAGGAUUCAUACAGGUGAUAAACCAUUUGUUUGUCAUGUAUGCAGUGCAGCAUUUGCUGUGAGUUCAGCUUUUAGACGACAUUUAACUCGACAUACUGGAGAGGCAAAUUAUUUGUGUAAAACAUGUGGUAAAGCAUUUAAAAGACUAAGUACAUUAAAAGAACAUACUUAUACUCAUUCUGGAGAAAAACCAUAUGUAUGUAAAACGUGUGGAGCUGCUUACAGUCACAGUGGUAGCUUGUUUGCACAUCAGAAACGUUGUCGAGCUCAGUAUGGAGAAAUGGUUGUAGAUGACCAUCAUCACACAGUUGCUCAUCAUAUUCAUGUAAAUAAUGUGCAAUCUGCAGUACGAUCACUUGCUGUGAUAGGACAAAUGUUUUAAUAAAUAAGACUUAUUACUU